CUAAUAAAAACAGUGUAUUCUUCUAACGUAUGUCUUCUUACCACAUAUCAUAAUGAAAAUGGCGAUAAAAAAAUAAAUUAGCACAAAAUAUUGAUGACACAGUAAAAUGAUCAAGAAAAGUAAAAUAUAAUAAGUUCCUAAAAAAAAUUGUACUGACAAAAUAUUCGUAAGAGACAUGGUGUCUGUGAGGACGGUGGGAACCAUAUUGGCUGUACGCUUAAUCAUAUGCAUCGAAUAACUUCUAUAGUGUAUCAAUAUCUUUGUUUAUUUCCAUCUACUAUUGCUACUGAGCCGAAAGUGCAAAAUACUUAACGAAAAGCACGAAAUAUAUUCAAUAUUCGGAAAUCUCUUCGGUCUCAAAAAAUAAUAAAUAAUGAGUUCGGCCCAGAUACAUGCUUUUACCAGUGCCAUAAUUGAUGGAGUCAUGAUGCUGGCUUAUGGUUUAGGAAUAUUAAUUUUAAUGCCAGCUUCGAGCAUUGCUGGGCCCCACGAAAAGAGAUUGUUACACGCCCUUCUUGAUAACUACAACAGCUUAGAAAGACCUGUCGUUAAUGAAUCCGAUCCCCUCCAGCUUAGUUUCGGACUUACGCUUAUGCAAAUAAUAGAUGUGGAUGAAAAAAAUCAACUACUUAUCACAAAUAUUUGGCUGAAAUUAGAGUGGAAUGAUAUGAAUCUUCGGUGGAAUUCCAGUGAGUUUGGUGGAGUUCGAGACUUAAGAAUUCCACCUCAUCGAUUAUGGAAACCGGAUGUGCUUAUGUAUAACAGUGCUGAUGAAGGGUUCGACGGUACUUAUGCAACCAACGUUGUUGUACGAAAUAAUGGAAGCUGCCUAUAUGUACCCCCGGGAAUAUUUAAAUCAACGUGUAAAAUUGAUAUCACAUGGUUUCCUUUUGACGAUCAACGAUGCGAAAUGAAAUUCGGCUCAUGGACUUACGAUGGUUUCCAGUGCUGAUGAAGGGUUCGACGGUACUUAUGCAACCAACGUUGUUGUACGAAAUAAUGGAAGCUGCCUAUAUGUACCCCCGGGAAUAUUUAAAUCAACGUGUAAAAUUGAUAUCACAUGGUUUCCUUUUGACGAUCAACGAUGCGAAAUGAAAUUCGGCUCAUGGACUUACGAUGGUUUCCAGUUGGACUUGCAAUUGCAGGACGAGGCUGGUGGAGAUAUCUCAAGUUUUAUAACAAAUGGAGAAUGGGACCUAUUGGGUAAGACUCAAGACCCUUAUUUGUUCUAUAUACUAUGU